AUGGAGAACAACCUAGACUUCCUCACCGCCGAAGGCUGGUCCCUCCUCGGCGGCGUGAUCAUGUCUGUCUUCAAAACCGCGCUCUCAAAACUAAUGAGCAACGAGCAAGACACAUCUGUUGAAAAGCAGGCGAGCGUCAUCGCCGAAGCAAGCUACCAGCGCGCGCCUAUGAAAAGCUCUGACGAGCAAAAUGAAGAGUUGAUGAGUCUCCAACAGGACGCUUGUCAGACAAUUCUCGCUAUCGCGAAACAACUCCCGCCUCGACACCUCGGACAGGAUCUUUUGACACGGACGGUGGCAGAGCUGGAAGCGCUGUGUGAGGAGGGAAGUUACGUCGAUGUGCUCGGGCGGGAAGUCAGCGAUCAGUGGCUAGACCCAACACAGGAGGAAGCCGAUGAAGACGACGACGAAGAAGAAGCCCUCUUCUACUUCACCCCGACGGAAUGGCUCAACCUGAACGCCUUCGUCGCCCGCCUCGUCGGCGCCCAGAUAUCCCACUGGCACAACCUCACCAUCUGGCAACUCCGCACCGCUCUCGAGUGGCCCGCACCGGAAUCAAAUUGGCGGGUCCAGCCUCGCCCGUUCGACACCCGCGUCAACGUGGCUGCCGAGUGGAUGAUUCAGGCCGCUCCAGUGCUGCUCCGCGAAAGUCUGGCGCAGAGGGAUCUCGACGAGCAGAAGCGACGGUCUUACGGCAAUGGGCCGUUGUAUAAUGGCGGGCCGGGAUUCGCGAUUGAGCGGUGGGUUUUCUGGAAGCGGAUGUUGGGGGACUCGAAAAGGAGGGUGGGGACGGAUGCUCGUGAGAGGGUGGAUGAAGCACUUGAGAAGAUGACGGAGGCCGAGAAGGGCAUAGCUGAGCCGCGGGUGCUGAAUGGAUCGUGA